GUGAGGGCAGAAGAGGAGGGUUGGGUUGUGUUUUUAAAGGUUGGUUUGGAUACUUAGGGUGUGGUGGUUUUGGCCAGGGUUGGGGUUCGGCCUCAAGGUGGGGAAGGAUCCAAGGACAUUAUGGUUAGGUCAUGAUUUUUAAUGGUGAUAAAUUCACUCCAAAAAGGAUCAUAACACUUGGCCAUUAUUCCGUUGAUUUGUUUAAGGACUUUAGAGUCGUUGGUGGUUACUCGGGGUAUAUCAGAAUCACUUUGUUCAUCGCGCUCCCCCUCAUCCAAGGUUUUUGUCAAGUACACCAAAGCCUUCGGGUUACUGUCAUCAGCACCUCUGCCAACAAAAAACAAGAGUCCAUAGAACGUUUUGGUGUUGAUUGCUUCUUGAUCAGUUGUGACCCUGAACAAAUGCGGAAAAAAGGCUAUAAUGAGCACACUUAAUGGGAUAAUAUACACAGUUUGAACAGUUCAUCCUCUUAUGCCACUACUAAGCUUAUUGAAGACCAAUGGUAAGCUUGUAUUGGUUGGUCUCCCGGAGAAACUCCUUGACUUGUUGGCAUUUUCCUUGAUCAUGGGUAUGUAAUAUUAGCCACACUUCCAUUCACGUGUUGUACAUAUCUCUGCUCUGCUUUGGCAUUGAUCUAAAAUGAACUAAAUGACAUUAAUUUCAUGUUUUGAUUGUGGAUUGCUGGAAGAAAAUUGGUUGCAGGAAGUGGCAUUGCUGGAAUAAAUUUAAGGAGACUCAAGCCAACAUAACAUCACGCCCGAUGUUGAGAUUGUGCCGAUGGACUAUGUCAACACCGCCAUGGAACGCCUAGCCAAAGCCGACGUGAAAUACAGAUUCGAAUUGGAUUUUUCCGCAGAGAAAUAAGAUGGAUUGAAAAGGCAGGCAUGUAGAAUAUGCAAAUUGUAAGGAAGAUGAUGUAAAUAUUAAAUUAAUAGAUGUUUAUAGUAUUUUAAAUAGCCUAACUCGCGUCCAAACUUUACCCGUUUGAGAGUAAAGCGGUCAUGGGUUCUUCCUCUAGAAAUCUCUAUGCAGGAAUUGGAGAAGGUCAAUCAACUUCUAGGCCACCACUCUUUGAUGGCACCAACUACUCCUAUUGGAAGGAACGGAUCAGAAUCUAUAUCCGUUCCACCAACUUCCAAUUAUGGUUGGUCAUCAAAAACGGAGAGCAAAUCCCUAUGAAGAAAGUAGGAGAAACCACAGUCCCAAAAACCCAGGACGAGUUUGAUGCUGAGGACAUCAAGAAGGUUGAAAACUACGCAAAAGCUAUCAACAUGCUUUACUGUGCAGUUAACCCCGAUGACUACCGGAAAAUCUCCUGCUGCACAAUCGCCAAGGAGAUGUGGGACAAACUUGAAGUGACGUACGAAGGUACCGAUCAAGUUCGUGAAGCCAAGAUCGAUUUUCUCACCCAAGAGUACGAAAUGUUCCGAAUGAAAGAAGGUGAGAAAAUCGAUGACAUGUUCGACCGGUUCUCAAAGAUCAUCAACGAUCUUCAUGCUCUCAAAAAGACUUACGCCAACAAGGAUCUCGUGAGGAAAAUCCUGUGGAGUCUCACACCCGAAUGGAGGUCAAAAGCCGAUGCAAUCUAUGAAGCCAUUGGAGUCUCAAAUGUCACCAUCGACGAGCUAAGAGGUAAUUUCAAAACUUAUGAAUCUACUAUUCUAACCCUGUCUUUGGAUGAGCAAAAGAAGAAAGGAAUAGCGCUCAAAGAAACCAAGGAGACUGUGGAAGAAGUCUCAAGUGAUGACGACAAUGAGUUCGGACUUUUCAUCAAGAAAUUCCACAAAUUCAUGAAGAAGGAAUUUGAACGGAAAGGAAGAAAGCACGACGGUCCCCGAAAGUGCUAUGGCUGUGGCGAGAUAGGCCACAUCAAGCCAAGAUGUCCAAAAGGCAAAAGCGGCAAGGACAAACCUGGCUUCAAAAAGCAACGAGCCUAUAUCUCAUGGGGUGGUGACUCUGGCGACGAGUCAACUGAUCAAGAAGAGGAGGAAGCCGCCAACCUCUGCCUCAUGGCACACGAAGAUCAAACCGACGACGCUCAAGAGGUAUGUACCAUUUCUUCCGACUCUUAUACUUUUGAAGAAAUGCAAGAAGCACUUCAUGAGCUUUAUGAUGAAUUUGUUAGCGCUUCUAAAACCAACAAAUCUUUAAAGAAACGUCUUUCAACUCUUGAAAGUGAUUUUGAAAAACUGGAAAAGGAUAAUGAAAGGUUGAAACAAGAAAAUAAAUUUUAUGGUAAAAGAAGUGCUGAUAAACCAGAAAGCUCCUCAAGUGAAUGUGAAACUUGCAAAACUUUAAAAGAAAAGGUUGCAAAACUUGAGAGUACUUUAAGGGGUGAUUUGCACAAUUUGUGGGAUUUGAUUAAAUUUGGAUCUGCUGAAAUUCACCCAGACAGCGCUGUCCUAGGCUUGGACAUCGCUGUUCUAGGCUUGGAUUUUGAAAAUUGGGAAGCAACGGUCAUGCCAACAGCGAUAUCCAAAAACCCUACAUCGCUGUUUUGGCUGUUGACUUCCAAACAAGGAAAGUUUUAGCCUUAAAUUUCUUCCAACGGUCAG